AUGGUUUCCGACGCCACCAAAACCAAGGUCAACCAGUUGAUCAGCGAGCACCCCGUGAUGAUCUUUUCAAAGGACUACUGUCCUUACUGCUCCAGAACCAAGCAGACCAUUUCCUCCCUCACCGACCAGUUCUACGUGUUGGAGCUCAACACCAUCCCAGACGGCUCAGAGAUCCAGGACUACUUGGAGGAAAUCUCCAACCAGAGAACCGUGCCCAACGUCUACAUCAACGGCAAGCAUGUGGGUGGAAACUCUGACGUGCAAGCGUUGAACUCUCAGGGUAAGUUGUCCACUAUGCUCGAGGCUGCGCUCUAG